CACAAAACAAUGGCCAGACUGUUGCAACCUCCACCUAAGUUUCAUCCCUCAGAAUGGGACAUUGCAAACAAGAUGCAGUGUGCCAGUACAGAGUCUCAGCAAUCCAGGUCAGAGUGCAUGAUAGCUGAGAGUCAGAGGCUGCUGGAUGAAAUAGAAAAGAAAACUCGGAAAACCCAAAGUGAUGUCAACAAGAAAAUAGAACAGAGACGGGAAGAAAUAAAAUUCUGGAAACAAGAAUUGGAUAACAAACUUGAACAAAUUGUUCAUGAGACAGAGGUACUGUUGACUUUCAAGACUAGGUUGGAGAAAUCUUUGGAGAGCUGCAGAGAGCCACUUGACAUAGCCCAAAAGUGUCUCCUGAACAGGCAGAGGCGAACUGGGAUUGACUUGGUGCAUGAUGAAGUCGAACAGGAACUGGUGAAGGAAGCUGAAGUCCUCCAGGGGGUUAUUGCUUUGCUUGAACGUACAUUGGAGAAAACCAAUGAGCAAAUCAGACUAAACCGUUCAGCAAAAUACAACUUGGAAGUGGAUCUGAAGGACAAGUUCACAGCUUUGAUGAUUGACGAUUACUGUGCUAGCUUGAUAAACAACACUCCUGAUAUCAAAUACGCUGGUAAUGCAGUGAAGAUAGAAGGAAAUUUUGUUAGCCCUGAAGACUGGAUGGAUUUCUCAAACAUAAAUGUUGAAAAGGCUGACAAGCAGAGAAACAAUUCUUUGGCACUGAGGGCGCUGAUUGAUGGCAUUCUCUCACAGACAGCGAAUGAUAUGCGCAAGCAACGUGAGGUGGUAAAUGUCGCGUUUAGAAAUAGGGUGAAGGAAGUCAAGGAUGCCAAGCACAAGCUAGAGACACUCCUUGCAAUGGUGAUGGAUGAGACUGCCUCACAGGAGAAGAACAUUGCAGCCUUAAAGAAAGCAAUUGCUGAUAAAGAAGGACCUGUUAAAGUGGCUCAAACCCGCUUGGAAGUGAGAAACCGUCGCCCCAAUGUGGAAUUAUUGUGUUAUGACACAGUACAAUAUAGGCUGAUUAAUGAAGUUCAGGAGAUUACAAAAGAUAUUCAAAGAUUAAAGGACACACUGGCACAAGCAGAGACGGAGCUGAAAGGUCUGAGCCGCCGACAGCUUUCCUUGGAGGCAGAGAUCCAGGUCAAGGAGAAUACAUUGUACAUUGAUGAAGUGCUCUGCAUGCAAAUGAGAGAGUCUGCUUACAUUAACAACUUCUGA